GGCUAUAUCCUUGAAAGCAAAGCAAAACAGAAAUUAAUAAAGUUAUAAGUAUUGAUGAGGAUGUGAAGAGUCCCCACCAUGUACUUUGCUGCAAUGCUAUUAACAAUGGCCAAAAGAUAGAAACAACCUGGUAUUCAUCAAUACAUAAAUCAGUGAAGAAUUGUGAUACAUACAGGACUGAAUUGAGCCGCAGAGGCAGCAAACGACUCCUUAAAGAUGCCACAGGACUGCAGAAAGUGAAGGGGACCUUGGAGAAGAUGAUCAAGUAAAAAGAAUGUUUGUCCCAAGGACAAGAAGCUUAAGGAAAAGCGGCUUUCUGCAAAUAACUGGUAAAACUGACCUUAGAAGCACUUCCCAGGCCCUCAUGGAAUAGCUGGAAUUUGUACUACAAGGCUUUCUUGCCUGCUGGUUACCCGAAGUGGUUGUCGCCAUGGCCAGCAAAAGGAAGUCCACCACCCCAUGCAUGAUCCCCGUUAAGACCGUAGUGCUGCCAGGUGCCAGCACAGAGGCCCAGCCUGUGGAGCCUCUGCCUGAAGGUCCCCAGCAGGAUCUUCCCUCAGAGGCACCUGAUGCCAGCAGCGAGGCAGCCCCAAACCCUAGCAGCACUGAUGGCUCUGCCCUGGCAAAUGGGCACCGGAGCACUUUGGAUGGCUAUGUAUAUUGCUGUAAGGAGUGUGAGUUCAGGUCCCAGGAUGUGACCAACUUUAUAGGACAUAUGAACUCAGAGCACACAGACUUUAAUAAAGACCCAAAUUUUGUAUGUACAGGGUGCAGUUUCCUGGCAAAAACCCCUGAAGGGCUUUCCCUGCAUAAUGCCAAGUGUCACUCAGGGGAAGCCAGCUUUUUGUGGAAUGUGACCAAGCCAGACAAUCAUGUAGUCGUGGAGCAGAGUGUCCCUGAGAGUGCUAGCUCAUCUGUCCUAGCAGGUGAGUCUGCUACAGAAGGGACUGAAAUCAUCAUUACCAAGACUCCAAUCAUGAAGAUAAUGAAAGGCAAAGCUGAAGCCAAAAAAAUCCAUAUGCUUAAAGAGAACGCUCCUAAUCAGCCUGGGAGUGAGGCCUUGCCUAAGCCAUUGGCAGGGGAGAGAGAGGUUAAAGAGGGGGACCAUACUUUCAUCAACGGGGCAGCUCCAGUCAGUCAGGCAUCUGCUAAGUCCACAAAACCCCCUCCUGCUGCCAAUGGGCCCCUGAUAGGAACAGUGCCUGUCUUGCCAGCUGGUAUAGCACAGUUCCUCUCCCUCCAGCAGCAGCCCCCAGUACAUGCCCAACACCACACCCACCAACCCCUGCCUACAUCCAAGACCCUUCCGAAAGUCAUGAUCCCCUUGAGCAGCAUCCCAACAUAUAAUGCAGCUAUGGACUCCAACAGCUUUCUGAAGAACUCCUUCCACAAAUUCCCCUACCCAACCAAAGCUGAGCUCUGCUAUUUGACUGUGGUGACCAAGUAUCCAGAAGAACAGCUUAAAAUCUGGUUCACAGCCCAGAGGCUGAAGCAAGGAAUCAGCUGGUCUCCUGAGGAGAUUGAAGAUGCCAGGAAAAAGAUGUUCAAUACCGUCAUCCAGUCUGUGCCUCAGCCCACAAUCACAGUUCUAAACACCCCCCUUGUUGCCAGUGCUGGCAAUGUACAGCACCUCAUCCAGGCUACUCUCCCAGGUCAUACUGUGGGACAGCCUGAGGGCACAGCAGGGGGCCUGUUGGUCACUCAACCAUUGAUGGCCAAUGGGUUACAAGCAUCAAGCUCGUCUCUCCCUCUGACAACUGUAUCUGUUCCCAAGUCAACUGUGGCACCCAUUAACACUGUGUGUUCAAAUUCGGCAUCAGCUGUGAAGGUUGUCAAUGCAGCCCAGUCACUCCUCACAGCAUGCCCCAGCAUAACUUCCCAAGCUUUCCUUGAUGCAAACAUCUACAAAAAUAAGAAGUCUCAUGAACAGCUGUCGGCUCUGAAAGGAAGCUUCUGUCGGAACCAGUUUCCUGGACAGAGUGAAGUAGAGCAUCUGACCAAAGUGACAGGUCUCAGUACCAGAGAGGUGCGGAAGUGGUUCAGUGACCGGAGAUAUCACUGCCGGAACCUGAAGGGCUCCAGGGCCAUGAUGCCUGGAGAGCAUGGUUCUGUUCUCAUUGACUCUGUGCCAGAGGUGCCCUUUCCCCUGUCAUCUAAAGUUCCAGAGGUGACCUGUAUCCCAACAGCAACCUCACUAGUAAGCCACCCUGCCACCAAACGACAAUCUUGGCACCAGACCCCAGACUUCACACCAACCAAAUACAAAGAGAGAGCCCCAGAGCAGCUUCGAGUCCUGGAGAGCAGCUUUGCACAAAACCCACUUCCCCCCGAGGAGGAGCUGGACCGCCUAAGAAGUGAAACGAAAAUGACUCGAAGGGAAAUUGAUGGCUGGUUCUCAGAGAGACGGAAAAAGGUGAAUGCUGAGGAGACAAAGAAAGCUGAUGGGCACAUGCCUAAGGAGGAGGAGGAGGGUGCUGAGCAGGAGGGUAGAGAUGAAGAGUUGGCCAGUGAGCUGAGAGUUCCUGGUGAAAAUGGCUCUCCUGAAAUGUUUCUUAGCCAUACCUUGGCAGAACGGAAGGUCAGCCCCAUCAAAAUCAACCUCAAGAACCUGCGGGUCACUGAAGCCAGUGGCAAGAGUGAGUUUCCAGGGAUGGGUGUCUGUGAGCCUGAGGAAGAUGGUUUGAACAAGUUGGUAGAACAGCCGCCAAGCAAAGUAAGCUAUAAAAAGACCGCACAGCAGCGUCACUUGCUUCGGCAGCUCUUUGUUCAAACACAGUGGCCAAGCAAUCAGGACUAUGACUCCAUCAUGGCCCAAACAGGGCUGCCCCGGCCAGAGGUGGUACGCUGGUUUGGAGAUAGCAGGUAUGCCCUUAAGAAUGGCCAGCUCAAGUGGUACGAAGACUAUAAGAGGGGCGACUUCCCACCAGGUUUGCUGGUCAUAGCCCCUGGCAACCGAGAGCUGCUGCAAGAUUAUUACAUGACACACAAGAUGUUGUGUGAGGAGGACCUGCAGACCCUCUGUGAUAAGACCCAGAUGAGUGCCCAGCAGGUCAAGCAGUGGUUUGCUGAGAAGAUGGGUGAAGAGACCCGAGCUGUGGCAGAUACAAGCAGUGAGGAUCAGGGCCCUGGAAAUGGAGAGCCUGUGGCAGUUCACAAGGUGCUGGGUGAUGCCUAUUCAGAGCUGUCUGAGAACAGCGAAUCGUGGGAGCCAAGUGCUCCCGAGGCCAGCUCAGAGCCUUUUGACACUUCAAGUCCCCAGUCUGGACGUCAACUCGAAACAGAGUGAAUUUGAUCUGAUUACUGUGAAGGACCGGCCAGUCUGGGAUGCUGUCUGCCAUGUGGAAGGGCCAAACCUGCCACAUAUCAUCUUGAUGGCCAGCUGCCAGGCACCAGGAGGGCCUCUGGAGCCUUGCUGAACCCAGAACCUGCCACCGCCCCAACCACCUUCCGCCUGACACUUCUAAGCAAGUAGCUAUGGUUUCUCAUCAGCCCAUCUUCCCACAGUGAAGGACCUUUCCAUGGCCUUCCAGGGAUAAAGCAGUUCAGAUUGCAUAUACCUAGAUCCAGAAUCAAGUUGUUAGCAUAUAGAGCUGCCUAUAUACAUUUAAUAAAGCAUCCUACUACAGACAUUUUCAAUACAUAGGAACUCGGGUUACCAAAGCAGUACAGCUCUGACAAUGCCAUGUCUGUUUUCUGGGAAGCUGAGACCACAGGGACCCUCAUCCUCUGCAACAGCAGGAGUCACAGGCAUGCUCAGAAAUGCACCAGGCCUGGCCCUACUUGUCUUCUCAAGGGAACAGAUUGUUGGAAGAGAUCUCUGCAUAACUGAGUGGAGGCAAGCCACAUUUUGUGCCAGGCUUGUCUUGUGUUCUGAUUGACAAAGAGCCCACUGUUACCUUCAGUUCUGAACACAACCAAGCUAUGACAUUACCAUUGGAUGCUAACCACUCUCUUUAGUUAACUGUAAUUCUGCUUUUUUGUGGAGUUUGAAUCAUGGACCAACUUCUCCAUUAUCAGAUCAACUAAAGAAACCAUUGUUGUAAAGCCCAAUCUACUGACCUGUAGCUACCUUCAGCCCUUCAAUUCAGACUCCUUUAGAACAAAAGGAAAGUGUUCAAAGUAGAGCCAAUUGCUGUGGCUUUGGCCACCAAAGUGCUCAAUGCCUCCUGCAGGUCAGAAGGAUAUACAUGGUGGCUGGAGGAAGAAUGAGGCUGAAGGGCUUGGGAGAUUUGAAGUGACUAGAGCUAGAGUGUUCUUGAACGCAAAGACCUGCAGGUCAGAAUUCCUGGCAAAAUGCCUGCCACACACCACGGGCCCUGGCCAGCUACUGGUUUCAUGAUCCAGAGGUGCUGGACAUCACUGGACAGAUUCCUGUGAGGGUGUUUUAAAGUUCUACAUUUAUAUUCCCAACCUGAGAAACAAGUACUCUAUCUACUUUUGCCUAAGCCUCAUGUCUUUUUAAUUAAAAUCAUAAGAAAUGGUGCCUUUGAAACAAUGGAAAACUUGCUUAGGGAACUGUACUAAACAUUAAAGCCCCAGUCUCUCCUAGGCUGGCUUCUCUGAGAGCAGUAGACAAAGCAGGGCAGGGGAGGGAAAGAUGACAAACAGGAGGUGUGAUCCAUGGCCCCACUUACCUCUUGGAGACCCCAUCAGGAGACCCACAGGCAGGGCAAGAGCUUUGGCCAAGAAGCAGUUGUCAACUUCCAGGUGUUCUCCCUCCCUUCCCAGGGGAGGGGAAUAGUCUGAGGCUGAACAUGGUGGCCUUCAGCCUUUUAGGAAAGAGGGCUUUCUUUGUAACCCAGGGCCCUGGAAGCAUUAUAAGAUGUUUCUCCUGCCCUUCCUGUUCCCAUAGGGAUGGCUUCGCAUUUGAUUGGAGUUUUUAUUUUGGUUUUUUGACUACUUGGCAAGUUUUGUAGCCUAUUUUUGUAUCCUUUCUGUUUGGGGAGGGAAGCUAUUUGGCCCCAAACCUUGAGGAAUUGGAAAGAAUGAAUAGUGAGUGAUUUUUUUCCUCCAGAAAACAGAUGCCUAAACCAUUUCCUUUAGUGUUUAUGUACGUGCAGAUUUACAUAUCCAUAUAUACAGGACACAUACUUAUUUGAUACUUUAUUCAUAAAUUGUUCAUCUGAUGUACAUUUGAGCUUCAUGUGGAUGCCCUAGGGGGACACAGUGUGUGUGUGUGAAGAGAUAACAGUAUAUGGGGCAGCUGGAGCAGCAGAGGAAGCCAUUUCCUAAGAAAGCAUCUGUGUCUCACCUGAGCCGGGAUGUCUGCUGGGCUUCACCUCCAGAGCCCUGCUGCACUAGCUGAACGGUAGACUAUAAUAAUGUCUGAACAAUGUACAUGGAACAGAAACAAUAAGUGACUUGGUGGACAUUAUGCAGGACACAAAGAGCAGCCUGGUCUCGGGCACUAGGCAGUCUUCUGGAUGGGAAGUUGCAGUAACCCUGGCCCCAGCACACCUUUCUCAGAGCUGGUAAUGGCAAGACUGUCAGGGGAGAAGCAGGUUGCUUCCUUUGCUCUCGGAUGGGGGAGGGAAGUUGUGGUUUGGACCUUGUUUGAUAGGUAAUGGUGAGGGAGGUGGUCAUGGCCUAGGCACUCCAGGGAAGGGCUUUGGAUACCAAGCAUGAGUGCACUGACAGGAGUUGGGGUGUAGGUUGGCAGCUACCAGGUCUAUGGUUACUAUGUGACAUCACAGUGGCCUUGUACAGUUGGAGGCUCAAGUUCUAUGCACCUUCAUUGAAGGCUGGCUGUGGCUGCUGAGGUGGGGUGGAAUGUGCUUCUCCUAACAAGGUGUGCUUUGUGACAUGGUGAGUCUUGCUCUAUCUUCUGCACUCACUUGGACUUACCAGAGGCAGUACAUUCUAAGUUUUUUUUGUUACUGGUCUUAUAUGUUGAUUUUUUUUCUACUCAUAUAUGUUUGUCAGUUCAGUUAUAGAUCAGAACCAAUUCUAACAGAAACCUAAACUUAUACAUAAGCUUUUCAUAUUAUUUGUAAUUUUUUGAUCAGAUUUUUUUCCUUUGGGAGUUGGGUAUGUUAGUGUUGGGAGUCCUUUCGCUAGAUGACUUUGAGGUCUACUAGUGACUGUCCUUGCACUUUUCUCUUGGCUGAGUGACAGUGGCUGCCAGGUGAACAAAAUACCUUAGUGCUAGGGCACCCUUCCCUCUGGAAGCACAAGGAGAGUGGGGUGGGACCUCGUAGGCCGCUACCUGUACCCUACUCUGUCUCCGCUGCCUUGGGUGUGUGCUACCGGGAGCUCAGCUGCGCUCUCCAGACCCAGAUGGCUCCCAGAGACUUGACUUGUUCUGUCAGGAGCUGUCAUACCUGUGUCCCUUCCUCCUGCUGGCCCUAGGACAUCUUUCACACAGCUGCCUCCUGUGGAGGGUAGGAGUGGGGGAGCAACCUUGCUGGUUGGAGACUCAUGUUGUCCUCUAGGUGUGUGUUGAGCUGUCCCUGUCUUAAGCCAUUGCUUUUUGUCUUCCUACAUGGACCAAAACCCUCAGAUUGGAGCAGCUCAGUCAGUGCCACUAUCACAGCCCAAAGGCACUUUCUGGGAAACCAGCCAAGGAAAUCCUAAAACAAAACUUAGAAUUUGUGUUUUUACUAAAGUCACUUUGCAGAUGAACUUAUAUUCAUAUUCAUUUGCAAGGCUGUUUUCUGCAGUAGUCUUCUAGAUGCAUAAAGGUCUUUGGUCAGCUCGUCCUGUCCAAAUUUUGGCAUGCUGCCUGAUUUUUCUUAUACUAGACUGAAGCCUUUUCUUUAGCAUCCCUAUUUAGCUGCUUCAUCUCCCGUAAGAGCACACUGUUCACCACCAACCUGUCCAAACCUUUCUGAGGUGAUUUCCAUGUGUUAUAGCACUGGAGCCCACAGGCCUUUCUAAGUACAGGUCUCCCAAGACUUCAACCUGAAUUAUCCACAUUGCAGUUUUUUCUGCCUUGGUUCAGUGAAGUAGGUAGGUUACUGAGCUCUAUACUCUAGGGCUAAUAAGGCUGUUGAAGGGGUCUUCAGUGGAAUGGCUGGCUUUAGUUUUGACUGAGUAAUGACAGAACUGACGAUUGUACUAUCUGCUGUUUACAUCACUACCAAGCUUACUAGCUAGAAACCCAAAAGGAAUGGGGUCCUCAGAGUCUAUGUUCUCUUGUGCCUGGCCACUAGGGAUGGCUGGCAUCUAGGUAGUGGCAAGCCCAAAUGUACUUAGAGUCCAGAACCUGUACUGUUAAGGUGUGGAAGCAGCUCAGAGGGUGAAUGGUCGUAGGACUGAGAGCCUGCUUUGUUCUGAGUGCUUGUUAAGACUAGCCAGCAGUCCUAUAAACUUGAUCCCCCAGACUGGAAACCCAAAACAGGUUUUUCUAGUUCAGAGUCUAGCAGGAACACCUCUUCUCAACUCCCUAAAGUCUGGAGCAGGGAUGUAAAUCCAGAGAGUACACUUGGGCUGGCUACUACAGACUAAGGCAGAUUCUGGUUGCUACAAGGAAGAGGUACUGCUUCCUUGGUUUUUCAAUCUCUAAUGGAUGUGGGACUCAAUGGAUUCAGUGUAGUUUCUACUCUGUUGUCUCUUCCCUCCCUGAAACAUACCUUGCUGCUGCUCUGGCAGGAAUCAGGCAGAGCAGAGGGAGGGCUGUACUACAUGGUGUCUUCCUGCUGUUUACAAGGGUGGGCAGAUGGCAAGUUAGAACACCUGAGAGGGGCUUGCACAUUUACCAGCUAUCACUGCCACUUUUGUCAAGAGACUGGCAUAUUGUGCCCACAGUGGGCACCUGUAUGUUAAUAGCUUUUCUUGAUCUAUACCUUUUGACAUGUGUUCCCUUCCAUGGAAAGUGGGUAAUUCAGAUUAUUCAGAACUCGAGUUGAAGGUAAAAUGCCUAGGAUAAAGCCUGUUCAAACACUGAGUAUCAAAAGGCCUGCCAGUGCUCUGUUCUAUCCCAAGCAAGCACCAGAAGAGACAUGUCCAGUGGGCGGAAGUCUAUUAUGUGGUCCUGCUAACCUACAGUUAGUGCUUCAGAAAGAUCUUGUCCCUAGCUCCUGUCCACACAUCUUGGUCUCGUUCCUGUAGCCCCAUAUGAGAAGGCUGGCUGCAGGGAGAGCUAACACCCAUUCCUUUGCCGGAUUCCAGCAUAAGUUAGGUUGCUCUGUGAAAUUGGGUGGGCCAAGGGCAGGAGUGGUCACUCAGGGCACUGGCCUCUCUCCCAUGCUCCUGAGUAGCUGGCUUUGUUCAGCUUUGCCAGGAAGGUCAGACUGUGUCAUAAUUGUUAUUAAACAGAGAAAAUGAGCCAACCUUUUUCUGGCCUCUGCUGACUAUUGUUCUUUGAGUUGUCCUGACAUAGCCCUUGGGGAAAUUGGGAAGGCAGCCAAAGACCUACAGUGCUCUUACUGACAACGUCUUGGUUCCUGGUCCCCAGCACCUGCUUUGUGUCCUGAUCUCAGUGUGGACAGCUUUGUUUGGGGUGGGAGGGGGGCGACUGUUGAGUAUGGCUGGGGAUGAUUUGAACAGUCUGCCUUUGGUGUGCUUCCUGUCUCCCAGGAACAGCUGAAGCGACUAUCCUGGUGCUAAGUGAGGGUCACCUGCUACUGCGACCAGCUGUGAAAGAAAAAACUAAGAAAUAGCAUAUUCUGUCACAUACACUUUUGUGUGGCCCUGGCUGGCCUCCUCACCCUGUAGAGCAGGCUGGCCUCAGACUUGGGUGCUUUUCCUGCCUCUGCCUCCCAAGCACUGAGUCACAGGCAUGGGCCACACCUGGCUGGAGUGUAGAAAUCCUUCACCCUGGGAAACAUUUGAAUAGAAAGACAGCCUUGCUUUUGGUGUGGGCUGUGUGUGGUGGGAGGUGCGAGGAUGACCUCUUCUGUCUGAGUCUCCGGGCCUCUUAAGGUCCCCCAUGGGGAUGCUGCUAUUUCCAAGAUGCAAAUUGCACAUUUCCUUGAUUUUGUAUCUGCAGAUUUGGAUAAGGGAUGGGAUGAGGGACAAAACUGCUUGUGUAGUUUGAAUGGGCCUCAGUGGUACUUCGAAUCUUUUAACUGUUCCUAAAUAAAAAUGUACAGACAAAAAUCUAAAAUCCCUUCUAUUGAUUUUUGGGGGCAGGGGGCAAAUCUGACCCUUAAAAGUAAUAGUUAUUGGGCUUCCCUCAGCUCACCAGGAAGAUGCCAGUUCUUGGAAUUCUUUGUCUUCUGUAUUCCUGAACUCACUGUGAUGGCUUCCAUGCAAAACUGUGCUGAGUAUAGAGCAAGUCUGAUCUUAGAGCCAUGAACUUAUGGGGUGUGAGGGCAUGGGCAAGUUUUCCUGUGUUCCUUUCUUUUUCUGGUGAGAGAAGAGUUGUCAGUGAAGCAUGCUGUUUGCUGAGGAGGGCCUGUCACCGUGCAGAAGGACCCUGAACCCUACUAGAGGACCAGUGUCAUCCCUACACCUCCAAGCCUCAUAGCAACUGGUUGUUGCUGGGAUGCCCUCAAUGGCCAUAAAGAAAAGGGGACUCCCAAAAUAAAGCCACCCCUGAGUGAGGUGUCAGGAUCUGCUCUUGAUCUGCUCUCUCCCAGGGCCAGCUCAGGUCCUAAAGAAGUUGUGCGUUGAAUCUAACAGCCAGGUCAUGGGACUAACUAAACUAGGGCAAUACCAUGGAACUCUCUUGAGUCCUUGGUGGGCAGGCUCAGAAACGCACUGAUGGAGAUGGCAGCCAUCAGCCGCAGGGAGCUGUAGUCUUCCUGGUAAGAGACGCUGACUCAUGGAUAUAAAUCCUCUGGGGAUUUAUAUCCUAGGUAGGGGAAACCUCUAAGGGAAAGAUGCAUUUAACUAAAAUGUAAGGCAGGUCUGGGCUUGUUUUGGUCACUAAGUUGGUUUGGUGGGGCAACCUCACACUCACUCAGCAGAUCUGAUAUGGUCAGAGGUAAGGAACAAGCUGAAAGACAAGUGACUGUUUAGUCCCUGUCUCAGCUGAAGUCCAGGGUGAGUCUGGCCCAAAGUGAGGCCCCAGCUCUUUUUGAUAGCUACCUGUGAUUUUUCUUAGUAAAGGCCACAAAUUGUUUCUGCCUUUUAACCACGCAUUUCAGUCCUAUACCCCUUAAGUCAUAGGCAGUGCUCUUCUGUUAUGUGUUUUCACUGGUAACAUUUAGUGACUCCCUCUUUACUUGUCCCUGGCCUGCUAGCCAAAAGUAGUCUUCUCUUGGCUUGUAUUCCUGCUAUCACUGCCUUCCCUUCCAACCCCACUCUUCUGGAUUCCUCUGCCAAAGCCAAUGGUUCUCAACCUGACUUCAUUUUCAUGCUCCAGGGAGCAAAGCCCUGACAGCAAUAUUUCUCAGAUGUACCCGAGGGUGUGUUUAAACAAUGCUUGGCUAAGAUUCUACAGGUCAUAACCCAAUGGGUGGAAAGCAAUGUUAACCAAGCUGUCACAUGUAGAGACACACUGGAUGAAUCAAGCAAGACAGCCACGAGGCACCAAGAUGGGUCUCCUGGAUCACUCAACAGUAGUCAGGUUUACCUGGAGAAUUUAAGUGAUGAAACUGAUCCUUAAAUCUGUUCCACUGAGAAGAAACUAAUACCUGAAGGGAAAUAUGGUAAGGUGGCAAGAUAUGUGAAUCACAGUUCUGUGAAGCUGUUUAGGGGGCAGUGCUGAGCCUCUCUGGGAGACUUAUGAAAUGGAAGUAUCUAUUGAGAAUUAAGGUGCUCAGCACCAAGCAAAGCUGUCAUGUAGCAGUACUGAGUACUAGAAAACAUGGCUCCUACCUUCUCCAGGGCCAAAAGACUCAAGAAUGAACUUGGAGUGUCUGAGGACCUGAUAUAUUC